CACUGACAGGACAAUCAAAAAUUGUAACAAUGUUUACUAUAUCGUUAACUUUGAUAUCGGCUCUCGUUGCCAUUGGUUCAUGUGGACGACUGGAACCUCAAUAUCUUCCUCCUCGACCUGGAGGUAGCGGAGUGGGGACGAGCGGAGGAGGAGCAUUUAGUGGAGCAGGGUCUGGAGGAUUUCGUAGUUCAGUAGGAUCUUACAGCGGCGGCGGUGCCAACAUUCCUAUUACAAAAUAUGAAAACGUUAACAACGGAGAUGGAUCUUACCGUUACAGCUUCGAAACGGGCAACGGCAUCUCCGCACACGAGAGCGGUUCUCCUCGUGCUCCUGGUCCCGAAGGCCCUGCAGUGACAGCUGAGGGUGGCUUCUCGUACAACGCUCCCGAUGGUCAACGUAUCUCCCUGACUUACACCGCUGAUGAAAACGGCUUCCAUCCAGUCGGCGCCCACCUCCCCACUCCGCCACCAAUACCUGCAGAGAUCUUGCGGUCUAUUGAAUUUAACCGCCAAAACCCCAAUUCGGAAGGAGCAUAUAACCCGGGUUCGGGAUCCAGCGGUACCGGUGGUUACCACUACUGAUCUCAUGAGUAAACUUCCAAAAAUUUAACAGCAAGCAAACUACCUAAUUGCAAUUGACCUUCGAAUACUGCGUAACGAUAUUUUAUGUCAAAAUGGAUAUAGGAUAUAAAAAACAGCUUUAUUAGCGAAUGUCACAGAGUGAAUACAACGAAACUGACACAACAAAACUGGAAAACAACGACCUCACGAUAUGGACUGUGAUACCACGAAUAAGCAUGCACUAAUUUAAUUUAUGAAUUAAGU